AUGUCUACAGCGCUGGUCGAGCGCUUGCUCGACCCACGUUCUCCACUCAAUAUAGAAAGUUUGCUCGAUGCUAUUGCUGCGCUUGUUGCUGACUGUAAAAUACCUCACUUGAGACAUAACAGAAAUAUUGAUAACUUUAUAUCGAGAUAUCAGAGUGUUGUUGAACAAUUAUCGCAACUUCGGCUGAAGGGAACGGAUUUUCGUCUGCUCAAAGUUAUCGGUAGAGGAGCUUUCGGAGAGGUUCAGCUUGUUCGUCAUGUGUCGACUCAUAAUGUGUAUGCGAUGAAGCUUCUGAACAAGGAUGAUAUGAUAAAAAGAUCGGACUCUGCUUUCUUCUGGGAAGAGAGAGAUAUCAUGGCUCAUGCCAAUUCUGAAUGGAUUGUUCGUUUGCAUUAUGCAUUCCAGGAUACUAAGUACCUGUACAUGGUUAUGGAAUAUAUGCCUGGAGGAGAUCUUGUCAACCUAAUGACAACUUAUGAUGUUUCUGAGAAGUGGACCCGGUUCUACACCGCUGAAUUAGUUGAAGCACUCUCUGCACUUCAUGAUAUGGGAUAUAUUCAUAGGGAUGUGAAACCAGAUAAUAUGCUCAUCUCCAAAUCUGGCCAUAUCAAGUUAGCUGAUUUUGGUACUUGUGUUCGAAUGAACAAAAACGGAGUCGUAAAAUGUUCAACAGCUGUUGGAACACCUGAUUAUAUUUCUCCUGAAGUUCUCCAAAAACAAGGUGAAGAAGCAGAAUAUGGAGUUGAAGUAGAUUGGUGGUCAGUCGGAGUCUUCAUAUAUGAGAUGCUCAUUGGUGAAACACCGUUCUAUGCAGAAGCAUUGGUAACUACUUAUUCUAACAUUAUGCAUCACGAGAAAACUCUCCGUUUUCCUGACGAACCCUCAAUUUCUAAGAAUGCCCAGGAUUUGAUCAGGAAGUUCUUAUCGAAGGCAGAAGUUCGCUUAGGAAAAUCAGGAGUAGAAAGUAUUAAGAGCCAUCCAUUUUUCAAAAAUGACGAGUGGAACUUCGAUACUUUAAAACACGCAAACCCUCCUGUUGUGCCUGAAUUGAGUGGAGACGAUGACACAACUCAUUUUGAAGAAAUUGAGUCCAAUGGAGGCGAUAAAAACGAUGCUUUCCAGCUUCCGAAAAAUUUCAAUGGAAACCAACUUCCUUUCAUUGGUUUCACUUAUUCCAAUGAAUUCAGUCCUCUGAAAGAGCUCAAUAAGGCUAUGCAGGUUGCAAAGGAGAAAAGCGGUACCAAGACUUCUGCAGAAGAAUCCUUAGACAAUUCUAAGAUUAUGGCUCUCCAAACAAUGUUAGAAUCUACACGUAAAGAGAUUCUAGAGCUUCAAGCAAAAUGCGAAACAGCGAAAGAAGAUAAUGUUAGAAAAGAAGAUCGCGUGCGUCAAUUAGAAACCGAACGAGAUCGAUACUCGGACCGUAUCCAUGAAAUGGAAAGAGAACUCAAAGAUGUUCAAGAUCGAGCACGUGCUGGGUCUGAGCAAGAAGAUCGUUUGAGAAGGGUUGAGCAUGAACUUCGACUUCAAAGAGAGUCUUGUAACGCUUUGGAAGCUAAGCUCCUUACGACUAAAGAAGAGGAAACAGUGUUACAAUCUCAACUUCGUCAACUUCAUACUGACUUGGCUAGAGAAAAAGAGGUGAACAGAAGAAGUUCGUCUCUAGCUGAAAAUUAUGAGAAAGAAUGUAAAUUGUUAAAAUCCGAAAUCAAUGAUCGCAACAUACGGGAAAACGAACUGAUGAUGAAGUACAACAAAGCUUUGGAUGAGAGAAAAGAAAAUGGAGCGUAUAAGGAAACUUUAGUUAAACAAAAUGAAGCUGAAAUGGAGAAAAAACUUGAGAACAACAAAAAACAUAUUGAUCAGCUAAGAAACGAAAUAGAUAGUGAAAAAAGAUUACGGGUUAAUGCACAGUCAGAGCUUAAUUUGGUUUCUCAAAGGUUGGCAAGUAUGAUGGGUAAUGAGCAAUAUCUUGAGCAAGAGAACAACAAGCUUAAGGAAGAAAAGCUUCGGUUGGAGUCUCGUUUAGAUACUGUUUCUAGAGAAAAGUCUCGGCUUCAAUGCCAACUUGACUCUCUCCGUGAGCAGCUAGAGAGCUCCGAACGUUUCUUGCACUUAUAUGAGAAGGAAACUAGAACUGCAGAGGAAGAAGUAAAUGAGUAUAGGAAUGCUUUACCAGCUUUGCAAGGUGAAAUGGAACAAGUAAGAAACCAACUCGAAAGUGAGAAAUUGGCUCGUCAUAUUGCCGAAGCUAAUUUAGCCGAAGUUGAUAAAUCAAAGACUAUGCUCCAGGAAGAGGUGAAACAACUUGUCAAUCGUCACGAGAAGGAGCUCAAUGCCAAGGAAGUUCGUAUCAACUUGCUUCUGGAGAAAGAAAGAGAAUUGGAGAGUUCAUUGAAUACUACUAUACUUCAAGAACGGGAAAAUCAGUCCGAGGGAUGUGAAAAAGAUGCAGUAAUUAUGAAACUUCAACAAAAGGUCGACAAUGAGACCGCACAUAAAAAGUCGUUGAUCAGAAAGUUAGAAGAGGAGAUGGCUAAAAGAACUGUCACGAAAAAAGGAGAUAAGGGGGUAACAAAGGGAGAAAUUAUGAGGAGAGACGUGAAAAUCAGAACCUUGGAAGGGGAUAAACAAAAACUUACUCACCAAUUAGAUGAAUCUCACAAUGAAAGAUUAAAGGCUGAAAGUGAAUUCACACUUCAGCUUGAACAAGCAGAGCGAGAGAUCGACACACUUCGUAAUGAAAAUCGGGACAUCCGUGAGAAGUUCGAUGAAUUGAUUCGGAGAAAAGGAAUAGAUGAGAUUAGAUCUGUGGACUCAAGAGAAGAAAUCCCUCCCACCCUUAACAACGAGUUUGAUGGAUGGGUUUCUAUGAAACCAAACAAGGCUGGUGGAAGUCGCAAAAAGAAAGAUUGGAUUCAAUUCUUCGCUGUGUUGACCCCUAUCAAUUUCUCUUUGUAUUCUGAAACUCAUACCGGAUAUCAUCAUACUCCUCAUAUUAUUAUUGAUGUGAUAAAACUGUGUCACGUGCGUCUCGUCACAGCGGCAGACGUCCGCGCGGAACCCGAACAGAUUGCGAGGAUUUUCCAUAUUAUGUAUGAUGGAGCUGAUCCAUCAACCGGAAAAGCCAGUAGACACGCCUCCACCUCUGAUCUCAGCUCAGCUUACAGCUCUCAAAAGGAAGAAGAUUGGAAUUGUCACGAUUUCCAGGAACUGACAUACCACAUGCUGACUUAUUGUGACGUUUGCAAAAACAAGCUCUCAGGAACGUUACGACCUCCCCCUGCUUACGAAUGCCGAAAUUGCCGCCUGAAAAUCCACAAGGAACAUACAAUGGAGGAUAUUCCUGCAUGCAAAUUUUCUUCUGGAGUUCGCGAAUUAAUGUUGAUGGCUCCAUCUAGAGAAGUCUGUAACGAAUGGGUCAAUAGGUUGCGUAGACUCAUCAAUAAUCGACAUCCACAACAUGCUUCUGUCUCGAGAGUGUCAUCACGAGCUCGAUCUUCUCAUCAUAAUAGUUCUUUUAGAGGAGAAUAA